GUGUGUGGAGGGCAGGGCUAAUUUUGCAGCAGCAUGCUGUAGCUGCAGGUACAUUAAAGCUCUCAGCUCUCAGGUGUUGGGACUGUAAACCAAAGUUAACUCUGAAAACUUCAGGGUGUUUUGUGCUGCUUUCAUGGCUCUCCUCACCAAUUUCGCCAUCCUGCUGGUCUUGGCUUGUAUUUCCCAUCAGCUGAUGUUGAGCAGCUGCCAGAAGAGCCGACGGGGGAGAGGCGUGGACAGAGGACAACACAAGGACAAGCCGGGGCUGAAGGUGGGCCGCCAAUCCAAAGCCGUCUCUCCACAGCCCAUUAAGGGCAAAAUGGUCACCAAAGACAAGUCUGAGUGCACCUGGGCAGCAACAGGUGAGGACUCCUUCAUCCUCGGUGUCACCUGCAAGAAGGGGGACAGGAGUUUCAGCUGUGAAUAUGUCGCCAGACCGGCUGUCUGUCCCCAGUACGCUUCAAAUGUCAAACUUUACUGGAAGCAAAUCGCCAAGGCGCUGAAGAAGCAAAAGGGUUUGUGCCAGGACAGUAGUGCGCUGGUCAGGGCGGGUCUGUGCAGAGGAGCUUCCAGGGAAGCUCAUUUCAGACUCAUUAAUGCUCAGAGGAAGACCGACCAGCCAUCUGCUCCAAAACUAGCACCCAGAGCUGUGAAAUCCUGUAAACCUGGCAACAAGAAGCUGGCUGAGGAGCACUGCAGCGACUCCUGGUCGAGCUUUUGCAUGUUCUUUUUUACUAUGGUGCAGGAUUAUGAUUGCUGAGACUGAAAAAGUGAAGAAAUCCGACUGAAUUCAGCUCUCUAUAAAGUCACAUCAAUACUUUUCUUAUUAUAGAUUCUUUAUAAAUGUAUUUCAUCACAUUGUAAUUAGUGAUUCUACCCCUAAUUUAACACAUUUUCUAUCUAUUCUUUCAUGUUCGCUCUAUGAUUUGUCAAUUUGGGGAACAUUUACUGGAGUGAUAACUUGCUUUUUAAGAAAACACUUUGAUUGUUCCCUCCUGUAGACACGCAUAACACAUUGUAAGCAUGUAGCCUUUUCAUUUGUCUAGACAGCACAUCCUCAAGUAAUUUCAUUUCAGGGCAUUUCUUUUCCAUCAUACUCAUUACAUGCUUCAUUCAAACAAGAGAACCAUGUCUUGUCCUUUAUCUCAAAGCUCUUUUAUCUUUUCCAAAUGUGUGUGCACAGUCCUGCUGAGGGUAU